GUCUAUAGGUGAGCCCAGGAGGGGACGGGCGGGGCGGGCCGGAGACCCGCCCCCUCCCCCCUGGGUCGGACGCUGAGCGGAGCCGCGGGCGGGAGGGCUGACGGACCGACUGACGGGAGGGACGGGAGGCGAGCAAGAUGGCGCAGACGCAGGGCACCCGGAGGAAAGUCUGUUACUACUACGACGAGACAGGGUUUCACCAUGUUGGACAGGCUAGUUUUGAACUCCUGAUCUCAAGUGAUCCACCGGCCUUGGCCUCCCAAAGAGCUGGGAUUACAGGGGAUGUUGGAAAUUACUAUUAUGGACAAGGCCACCCAAUGAAGCCUCACCGAAUCCGCAUGACUCAUAAUUUGCUGCUCAACUAUGGUCUCUACCGAAAAAUGGAAAUCUAUCGCCCUCACAAAGCCAAUGCUGAGGAGAUGACCAAGUACCACAGCGAUGACUACAUUAAAUUCUUGCGCUCCAUCCGUCCAGAUAACAUGUCCGAGUACAGCAAGCAGAUGCAGAGAUUCAACGUUGGUGAGGACUGUCCAGUAUUCGAUGGCCUGUUUGAGUUCUGUCAGUUGUCUACUGGUGGUUCUGUGGCAAGUGCUGUGAAACUUAAUAAGCAGCAGACGGACAUCGCUGUGAAUUGGGCUGGGGGCCUGCACCAUGCAAAGAAGUCCGAGGCAUCUGGCUUCUGUUACGUCAAUGAUAUUGUCUUGGCCAUCCUGGAACUGCUAAAGUAUCACCAGAGGGUGCUCUAUAUUGACAUUGAUAUUCACCAUGGCGACGGUGUGGAAGAGGCCUUCUAUACUACAGACCGGGUCAUGACUGUGUCCUUUCAUAAGUAUGGAGAGUACUUCCCAGGAACUGGGGACCUACGGGAUAUCGGGGCUGGCAAAGGCAAGUAUUAUGCUGUUAACUACCCGCUCCGAGAUGGGAUUGAUGACGAGUCCUAUGAGGCCAUUUUCAAGCCGGUCAUGUCCAAAGUAAUGGAGAUGUUCCAGCCUAGUGCCGUGGUCUUACAGUGUGGCUCAGACUCCCUAUCUGGGGAUCGGUUAGGUUGCUUCAAUCUGACCAUCAAAGGGCACGCCAAGUGUGUGGAAUUUGUCAAGAGCUUUAACCUGCCUAUGCUGAUGCUGGGAGGAGGUGGUUACACCAUUCGUAAUGUCGCCCGAUGCUGGACGUACGAGACAGCUGUGGCCCUGGAUACGGAGAUCCCUAAUGAGCUUCCAUACAACGACUACUUCGAAUACUUUGGACCAGAUUUCAAGCUCCACAUCAGUCCUUCCAAUAUGACUAACCAGAACACGAAUGAGUACUUGGAGAAGAUCAAACAGCGACUGUUUGAGAACCUGAGGAUGCUGCCGCAUGCACCUGGGGUCCAAAUGCAGGCGAUUCCUGAGGACGCCAUCCCUGAGGAGAGUGGUGAUGAAGACGAAGAAGACCCUGACAAGCGCAUCUCGAUCUGCUCCUCUGACAAACGAAUUGCCUGUGAGGAAGAGUUCUCAGACUCUGAAGAGGAGGGAGAGGGGGGCCGCAAGAACUCUUCCAACUUCAAAAAAGCCAAGAGAGUCAAAACAGAGGAUGAAAAAGAGAAAGAGCCAGAGGAGAAGAAAGAAGUCACAGAAGAGGAGAAAACCAAGGAGGAGAAGCCAGAAGCCAAAGGGGUCAAAGAGGAGGUCAAGUUGGCCUAAGCAGACCUCUCCAGCUUUGGCUUCCUGCCGAGUCCCUCACCUUUCUCCUCUAACCCCUCAGAUUUUAUAUUUUCUAUUUCUCUGUGUAUUUAUAUAAAAAUUUAUUAAAUAUAAAUAUCCCCAGGGACAGAAACCAAGGCUCUGAGCCCAGGGCAGCUGUACUGGGUGAGCUUUCAGGAGUUGCCUUGCCACCCAUCUUAACUUUGAACCACAAAGGGUGCCAGGUCUAAGUGAAAGGGAUACUUUUAUGCAACCAUAAGACAAAAUCCUGAAAUGCCAAGUGCCUGCUUAGUAGCUUUGGAAAGGCGCCCUUAUUGAACAUUAUAGAAGGGGUGGCUGGGUUUUCAAGGAUCUCCUGUUCUCUUCAGGCUCCUAAGGUAACAUCAGCCAUUUUUAGAUUGGUUCUGUUUUCAUACCUUCCCACUGGCCUCAAGUGAGCCAAGAAAGUCGCACUGCCUGCCCUCUGUCUUCCCCUAAUUCUGCAGGUGGAGGAGGUAGUCUAGUUUUCCUUUUUGAGAUACUAUUUUCAUUUUUGUGAGCCUCUUUGUAAUAAAAUGGUACAUUUCUAUA